UUGGAGUUACUAGAGGCACCACCCUAAUCAGUGAUCAGGCCGCUCGAACCCCCGCAAUGGUGACUUUGCUUCGGCAGUGUGUGCUCUGGGGCUGCUUGUUGACAGCGGUCCAUCUAGGACAAUGCAUUACAUGCAGAGACAGACAGUACUUCUUCAACGGCGAGUGCUGCGAUUUGUGCCAGCCCGGAACGAGACUGGUGAACCACUGCACGUCUCUCACCAAGACCCAGUGCGUUCUGUGUAACUCAGGCGAAUAUAUGAACACAUGGAACAGAGAGUCUCGGUGUUUCCAGCACACACACUGUGAACCCAAUGAAGGGCUUCAGGUGAAGAAGGAGGGCACCUCAGAUACAGACACCGUUUGUGCCUGUAAGGAAGGUCUACACUGCACUAGCAAGGAGUGUAGGAGAUGUACUCUGCACAAAUCCUGUGGUCCCGGCUUUGGAGUUAAGCAGAUGGCCACAGGGACUGCUGAUACUGUGUGUGAACCCUGCCCAGCCGGCUUCUUCUCCAACGAGUCAUCCACUUUUGAAAAGUGUCGUCCUUGGACAAGCUGUGAGGCCAAAAAGAUGGCGGUACUACAGGAAGGGACGAAUCAGUCUGAUGCUGUCUGCGGUUUGCAGCCCCGGAUGCGAGCCCUACUGGUCAUUCCCAUUGUGAUGGUCAUCCUCCUCAUCCUCAUCUUCGUGGCAGUGUCUUUUUGUAUCAAAAAGGUGGUCAAGAAACCAGAGGAUAACAAGGCCUCACCCCCGGAUGAAUGGAAAGGUCCUGUGGAAAUAGACACUGCUCCAGUGCAGGAGACCCUGCAUGGGUGUCAGCCUGUCGCGCAAGAGGAUGGCAAGGAGAGCCGCAUCUCAGUGCAGGAGAGGCAGCUGACGGGCAGCAUGGACGUGAAGCACCUGGUCUGAGGCGAGGGCCUGGCUCAGAUGGCUGCUGACGUUUGAGAGGAUCGAAGACACAGGCCGCUGCAGUGAACUCUCCUGCCUGCCCCGCUGUCGUCAUCGCCGUCAUAUCCCUCAACUUGCUUCUAAAGAUGGAGGAAAAGCUCGGGCAUCAAGGGUCCACACAGUAAUAUCCACAGAGUGCAGCAGUGCAGGACCCAGAGGUGUAUGGUGGCAGCUUUCACUGUGAGGAGACAUGGACUCCAGAGUCUGGGUUUGUGGCUUGUGCUGUUGGAAGGCACCUGAUUGCCCAUCCGCAGGGGACUGGCUAAAUA